AGCCCCUAUUUUUAACCCAGAGGUCGGGGUAAGUAAGUAAUUUUUAAAUAAACUAGUCAAAUGUAAUAAUUUGUUGCUUCUUUGGGUCCCACACAUUUUAUAUAUUGGGUUCUGAAAUACUGGUCAAACAGAACAACAUAUUUCAAGACGUCAACCUGUAACUCUUUAUGGUUUGAAGCUGUGAUUUGUUGUGAAUGUGGACUUGAUCCCUAAAAUCCCAGUGGACCAUCCUCCUGCUUUAACCACCCCCAGUCUUUCUCCUGCUCUUGUCACUCCCUGUUCCCCUUCAGAAUCACUUCUGCCUCCUCCUCCACCUCUGUCCCUCUAGCUAGCUGCCACUCCUUCUUCUCUUCCUGCUCCUCCUCCUCUCGUGACUCUAAAUGCUGUUGGAGCCCAGCCCCUUUACUCUUCUCAACUAGAGGAAUUAGAUGCAUUCACACACUCACAAGCAGUCCGCAUGCAAGGAAACACAGGUAUCAUGACCCUGCUCAAGGACAAGUUCCACAGCAGAACUGAGUUUGAAGGAAGGAUAAACCUAUUUAAAAACAUGAUGAGAAAUCUCUGAGAAUGUCUUUACUCUUUUUAAAAUCUCAGCACAUUUGAAGUUUCCUCAACUUCUGGGAUUGUUACAGCAACAUGAGUGCGAAGAGGAAAAAGGCUGGGCUUGUCAUCAGUUGGAAGUCAAUGUCUAUCCUGGCUCCUUGGAGAAAAGGGAAAGGAGACAGAGAUUCGCUAUUGGAUAGUGAGGUUGUCCUGACAAAAAUUAAGCUCUUCAGUAACUUCCAUGAGAAACUCCUGAUGUCUCGCGACUCUGCACCCACUGUCUCCAUGGUGACAGCCUCCGAGCAAGACAUCUUGGACCUCACCAAAGCCUCAGAGGUGAAUUCUCAUGUUGAUAACAAGUCCAGACACUCUCAGAUGGAGACCUGCUCAGACUACUUGCCUGCCAUUUUCUCAGACUCUCAGCUACAGAGGUUGUACAAGUUUGAGUCGGAGGACUCUGGAGUGGAGCUUCCCAGUGGAGCUAACUCUCCAUCCACCCCAACAGGCUCUGAGCAGAGCUUUGUGGUUCACAGUCGAGAGUCCUCCUGUGAAUCCUGCAACUUAACCUCAGUCUCUACCAUUCUCCCAGAUAAACUAGUCAGACAGACUCAGUCAGUGGAGUCUGUGGAUAAUAGUUUGAGCACAACAGUGCAUAAUCAGGACAAUGUGUUCAUACAUUCAGAAGAACUCUGUUCUUCAGCUGUGACAGUAGAACUGCAUGUAGGUAAGAAUGUGGGUAGGAACCAGAACGGGGCUUCAGAAAGCAGCCGAGAAGGAAAUGAGGAUAUGUCUGAACAGCUUGAGGAGAACAGGGCUGUAACUGAAAGAACCUGCUCAGAGGACAUCAGGCCUGGAAAGCAAUCUUCAACAGGAACCUGUGAUAACAUGACUGACAAUGACUUUGAACUACAACCAAUAGCCAUAAGGAGCACCACUAGUGACAGCCUGGAGGAGUACAUGGAUGAAUGCUGCAGACUUAGUGAGGCACAGCAAGCGAGUUCCAGCCCAUUAAGUUCAGGCCUUGAUUACCUGAAGCACAUCUGCCAACUCAUUGAGAAGAUCAGCCAACUGCAGGACACUAAUCUUCAGCUGCAGAGGCAGAUCUGCAGUCUGAAGACAGACAGCAGACUGACAAAGACCAAAGAGGACUUUUUCCAUCAGCACUGCAGCUGUGGAGCUGCCAGCCUGACCUUCCAGCAUGUUCAGAAGAGACAUUCCAGAGGUGGCUUUUUGUUACCCAGUGGAACCCUCUCUGACCUGUCCACCAUCCCUGAGGUCACACAGCACCCACUCAUACCAGCCAGGAGAGACAUGAGGAGUGACAGUUUAACACCUGUCUCACUGUGGAGGAAAGUUCUGAACCGAAGGAGUUACACUGAGGGGGAAGUCCGCUUCGCUGGGGACAGCACCGAAUGGCUCUCCAUCCCCCAGCACAGGCUGAGUGAAAACUACACUUGGGGCCCAGUCAAAGACCUGGUGAGGACAACUAAACUGGGGAACCAGAGCAGGCUGGGACUUACCUCCGCCUCACUGAAGAUGUCCUGCCCACAGCUCUACAGGCCAGAUCUGGGACCAAUAGACCCUGCUGGCAGAAACAGCAGCUCCAUGAUUGUACUGGGCCACAAGAGCAAAUUGGACUUCCCUUGGUUACAGUGAGCAUCCAGGUUGUGCAGACUAUUUUAUUUUUUAAUCUCUCCUCACCAAUGAUUUACUUAAAGCUCUAUAUAUAGAAUCUGAUACAGCCAAGGAAAAUAACCAAUCCACAUUUUUUGUCUGCAUAAACAUUUCAUACUGGGAAAACCCAGGUCCAGGCCAGAUUCAGGUAAACUUCUGCUUUAUUAAACCAGGUUGUCUUGUCAGGUAGCUCUGGUCAUUUAUAAUAAUUAUACUGAUGCUGAUGAGGAUGAUGAUCUGGAAAAGGUUGGGAAUGAUGAAAAUUAAAGUACUGGUGCUAAGUCAGAGUAAAGAAACACUAAAGGUAGAGCCAGGUUAGUCAUUUCUUUAUUGUCUUCAAAUUCCAUAACAAGACUAAACCAUGCUCUGACUUCAAAGAUGAAGAGACAGCACUUUUCUGGACCAGUACCUUGCGUCUGUCUCCUCCUCAGAUCAGAUCCAGAUGGACUCACAUGGAAGUUCCUCAGUGUUGAUUUGAGAGUAGAGGAGAAAGUGAAAAAGAAAAAGGUUCGAAUGAAAAAAAAAGAUUUCAAAAGAAUUCAAGAGGAGGACUCAGGCAUGAGGGAUACUGCCGCUGCUUGGAAAGGAGAAUGACAUGAAAAUGAGGCUAUAUGUUUAAAAUGAUCUACACUGUGACUAUUUAACUGCAUUACAUAUUGAUACCAUUUAUACUAGUACAGGUUUCCAUUAGGAUGCUGCAAAAUCUGUUAUAAUCCAAGUAAUGUGAAACAUAUAUAUCUUUUUCAUUCUUUCAUGUUUCAACUUUCCAUUUAGUAAAAUGCUGUAAAUGUGUUACAAAAAUAGCAGACUGCUUUGUACCGUCCAUGUGUAAUGCUGUAUAACUGUAGUACAUGCAGAGAUAAUGUGUAUGAAGAGUGCACAAGAUAAACUCUGAGUUCCAGUGUGUGUGUGUGCAUGGAUCAUACAUCAUGUUACAUCAUGUUGUCAGAUAGAAAGCACAGCAUCUCUACAGGCUGCAGGCUCAGCUCCUAAAACACUUUAAAUACCUGACACCAAAUACUUCACUUUACCCCACAGAUGAUGAUGAUGCAGUGCUGCUGAUUAAUUUCAUGAGAACGUUGUUAAACAGCAGCUGAGCUUACAUUUACUUUUUAAAUUUUAUGCCCAGAUGGUACGAUGAUUGAGAGAAACAUCACUCUCCUUAGAACUAGACUAUGUUUCAUGACAUGCUAAAUACUCUAAAUACUGACGUCUAUCUUCUGUGCUAGUGUUAUGUCAGAAUUCUCAUCUUGUUCCAGACAAGAUAGACUCAUAGUAACAGAAAAGAAAGGGCCAUGUCAUAAUAUGUUGAUGAUUUCUCAGAAAUACUCUAAGGGCUAGCAAAAAUGCUGCAUUAAUAAUAAUGAUAACCCAACAGGAAUGAUAACCUGAAUGCAGUGAUUAGCCAGGUGUGUGUAGAGGUGUUUUUUUCAUGUCAUGCAGCAGUUCAGUCACUUUCCAUGUGAACAUGAGUGCAACACCCUGUGAAUGUCUCUGAACAUGUGUGGUCUCAGACUGAUUUGCUCCAUUUGUCACAUUAAGACCACAAAGACACAAGCUUGUUGGAAAGACACACACACACUCAUGCUGUAAUGAACAACUAUCAUGCUCUCAAAACAAGGCUCUCUGUGUUUUUCAAAGGUUUCAUGAGGCUUAUCAGUCACAACAUAGUUUCAAAUCUUGCAGGAAAAAUUGAAUCCCUCACUCAGUGUAUUUUAAAGCAUGAUGGGUACUGACACUGCAGAGCACGGUUUUCAACUAAAAGCACCAAAAUGUAAACCAAGCAAGUUGUGUAUUCUUUUAAAGAAACAGUCUAGAUUUUAGCUUAUGACGUGUCAGGUAGCUUCUCAGCAAUCUCUGUUAAAAAAAAACACACACACACACUCACUCAAAUAUCUGAAAAUCCUAGGAACAAAUUCACAUAAUAGUAACACCACGAUAGAGCAUUCUAAUUGCACCUAAAGGUGGUGUUGCUUCAGCAAUAUUGUUUGGGUGUCAUGACACCAACAUAGUCCAUUUUUUUUAUAUCUUGCUCCAAAGAGGUAAAACUAUGUAUUUACUGUAUAUUGUACUGUGGUGUAUUCCUCUUCUCUGGGAUCUUCAGUAAAAAAAAGGGAUGUGUGUUGAAUUUUGUAAAACAACUCUAGCUGAUGUUACAGACAACUGUAUAUGUUUUGUAUGUUGCUGUAUACAUCCUGCAUCAAUAUUAAAAUUUAUUUGUCAAAAUAAAGUUAAACCAAAAGAA